AUGACUUCGCGGAUCCUGGAUCUGUUAAACCCAGAACUGACCGUGGCAAAGUCCCGCGAUUUCGAAACCUGUAUUGUGCUUGACACGGAUGCACUGGCAAGCAUUGCACCAUGGGAAACAGGAGCAUAUUACUGGGAUCCGGAUGUUAUAUUCAGCGGGGAUGUGAAUGAUCUCCAACUAGGUUUCUGUAUCGAGUGGCAUACUAGACCACUCCAUAUCGGUAGUGGUAAAUGGGCACUUGUCGUAAACUUCCACAGCUUCCGGGACCGGAUGACUAAAAAACCCUUGAUAGAGGACGAUGGAAGACUGGUUCUUCACUAUUCGGGAGAAACAAAGGAGUCUCUCCGCCACCUAUGCGUGGGGUUUACCAUCUCCGAAGGCUCUGAUCCCCCUGGGCCAUAUCACCCGAUGCAGGAACCAUUGUCCUGCCACCCCAACAAUGCGGCGCGACCAACUCAGCAGGUUUCCUCGACCAAGUCUCCUCCCGCUGAGUCAUGUAUAAAGUGGACGGAAACAGCAUCGGAACGGCGGAGACUUCAACAAUGGCAAGCCCCUGAUUGUCGGGAUGCCAAUAUACGUUAG